AGCAAUAUAAUUGUGUUAACAUUCAUCUGAGUUUAUUGCUGGGUUGUGUGCAGCCCUCAGAUCUUCAGACUGAUGUAAUGAAUUUCAUAACACUACCUUCAGUCAUAACUGACCCAUUUGGAGUAAUAUUAACAUGUGAUAAUAAGACUUUGAAGCGUCAUGCACAUAUAAGGGAUACAGAUUAACACACUGGAUAUGGAUUUCUAAACCAAAUAAACAGUUUCAUUUUUUGUAGCAGCCCCUGGAAACGGAGGAAAGGCCACUYAUGUCGGCCUGUUUAUGUAGAUCCCUACUUUAAAAGAUGUACAUCUAUAAAACGUUUGAUUUUAUAGAUGUACAUUUCAGCUGUUGGCUAUAUGUGGGAGUAUGAAGGUAGUACUGAUGGGGUGUCAGAGUAGCUGUGAUUGUGAAAAAUUGUGGAGAUCAAAUUAAUUUAGUUUGAUUAGCUACAAUUAAGAUUUUGGUAAUUUACAAAUGCUAUUGGAAAUCUAUUUUUUAAAACUUUAAUACUUUUAAAGCAUUAAAGUUGUGAAAGCAGUGAUUUAAGUAUAAUAAUAAUGAAUAGAUCAUUUAUCUUAUCCCUGACUAUUAAGAGUGAUAAAAUGUACCUGUAGCAUGUUAUAGAAGGGUAAACUGAAUAACUUGUAGGGUUUUAUUUUAUUCACAUUAAUGGCACAAUCUAAGAUUACAGGUGUUUCAUUAGGUAUUAAAAAAUCCUAAACACAGCGUAUAAUUUAUAUUCCCAAAUGUUUAAGAGUUUAUGGCUGGGGUUGAAUUAACAAUAAGUCUAAAUUUUAUUUGUUGUCUUCAGUGAUUGAUUGGUACCAAGAUGAAGCUGCAAGUUUGUUUGUCUGAGUGUUGAUGGUCUAUCAUUGAUCAUUGAGUUUUAGAGUGUGUUCUGGUUUUUAUGUAAAAUUGAGUUUUUUGUGACUAAAGAUAAGCUUUAUUUAUUUUAUCUCUUAAUUGCCGUUCUUGUUGUAUAAUCACAUCUGGCAUAGCAAUAGUAUUGUUAAUUAAAUAUAUUCAAGAAAAACAAACACAUUCAUAAACCUGGGUUUUUGUAUUGUUGGUAUUUCAGUGUUCCCUCUAAACAUUGCUUUGGACUUUUGUGAAGGUCAAGAUACUGAUUUAUAGCUUGUUUUGCUUUGUUUUUUUCCUUCACAGCUCAUACCAUGGUGCUUCCAGCAGAUGGAUCCCCUACGUUGGAGGGACUUCCAGACAACGGUAAGGAACACGGUAAGGUGUGGUUAAAUGAAACUGACAUGGUUUCUGAAGACCAUAGAGAGGAGUCGAGGUACAGUACACCUCCGCAGUCUGUGGACUGUUCUAUCAGCUCCAGUGAAGACGAGGUAGGUCAUGACUGUACUAUCCACUCCAGUGGUAGCUCUACUACCAGCUCCAAUGAAGACGAGGUAGGUAAUAAAGACCAGGAUGGCAUUAAAGCCCAACUUCGGGUUGUCCAGGUCCUUCAACCAAACAUUAAAUUCCUCUGGGGCAUAGAAGUGCUUGAACAGUCAUUGAAACUACUGAAUUCGACGGUUCAUCAGCUGUGCUCCGCUGACAGUAGUCUGACAGUGGCCGAUGUUGCGUCACAGCUUCUUGAGAUUCUUCCUCCAAAUUUUAAAUACGUACAAGUCAUGGGGGUGGCUCAGAAGCCUCAAGAAGACACGGCUCCCUCUACUUCACUUGAAUUCACAUCUGGACUUGUCAAACAGGAAGAGCCCAUUUUGCGUCCAGAGAAAUCCAGACCUGUCAGUACCUUGCAACAUCAUCAGGUAGGUUUGAAAGAGGACGUGGCUCAUGUGACAUCUGUGACUGGCAUAAACAGAAAGAGGACAAAGGACAGUGAUGCUGAAGAGGAGCUCCCCUCCAAGAGGACCAAGUAUAGUGAUGAUGCCAGUGGGGACGAGGUCCUGGAAAGCACCCUCAGAAAGGUGGCAUGGAGAUGUCUCUCACCAUGGACGUCGUGUGAGGAUCCUGGACUGUCAUCCCCCGUCCUCAGUCCCUCUUGUGAAAUGGCGCGUAAACGUCCUGGUUUGUCAUCCCCUGUCCUCAGUCCCUCACCAUUAACGCCCUCUGAAGAUCCCAUUUUGUCACCCUGUGUUUUCAGUUCUUCACCUUUAACACUAUGUGAAAUUCCAAUUCCAUCCCCUGACUCGUAUUUCUGGAUGGAGACUGAAGAGGACGCAGAAGAGGAACCAAUGCCUUCAACAUCUAGUGGAAUUACAGCAAGAGCAAGUUCCAGAUACGUGUGGUUUAGACCUCGCUACGUCUUGUCAAGUGACUCUGAUUAGAUAUGGAUCCGUAAAAACUGAAGACCUAUUUGGGAAGUCACAUUAGGACAUCAUCAUUUCUCUUUUGUUUUUUAUUAAAGCCAAUGGCUUUCUAGCAAGCCUGAGGAAGACUUGGGUAGCACCUUGCACCGGGGCUUUUCUUUAUCCCGCUGCUAGACUUAGCAUUUUAGAUGGUAAGGAUUCUGGCAGGACUGCGGAAGCCUUAGGUAGCUCCUUGCACCCAGGGUUUUCUUCAUCUUUGCGUUUUCUUUUCAACUCCCACAUGUUUCAGGAUGUAAUAGAUGUGCUUCCCUAUAUAGUGCUCUCCAGUAUAGUAAAUCAUUCUAUCCUGUUCCUCUACUAAUCCACUCUCCCAGUUUUUAAUCUUUCAGGUUUUAGCUGCUCGUCGCUGGAUCCUUUCGUCGUUGUCCAUGUGGUUCCUGCCUUCUGGAUCCYUUGUYUUUCACUCUGCUUGUUGGAUCUCAUCAGCCUGUAAACCUCCACCUUCAACACCACCAGCCAGAUGGAGGAAGAUAAGAGAGCCCAUUUGAAAAAACAUUCCUUUCAUAACAGCAGAGCUUUGAUGAGCUUUGUACUGAUGGAAGGAGGAUCAGGAAUAGAGCAGAGGACCUGCUGAUCUACUGGUUCUAGUAGAUUGUAUAAAUGCAUUAAUGAGACGAGAAAACAGCACUGCACCAAUCAGGAGAGAGAAGACACAGAGGACUGAGGAGACGCAGACAAUCCUGCUGGGAAUCCUGAGAUGGAGUUUCCUGAUGGAACAGGGGGACACCUGAGGACACAGAAUAAAGAGACAAAGAUCAUGUGAAGUUGGAUCUCAUCAGCCUGUAAACCUCCACCUUCAACAUCACAAGUCAGACGGAGGAAGAUAAGAGAACCCAGUUGAAAAAAAGUUGACCAACAAUUAAAACAGAAGACCUACUCCACCUGCUGAUAUACUGGUUGUAACAGAUUGUGGAAAAGCAUCACUGAGACCAGACAACAGCACUGGACCAAUCAGGAGAGAGAAGACACAGAGGACUGAGGAGACACAGACAAUUCUGCUGGAAAUCCAGAGAUGAAGUUUCCUAUUGCAUCAGGGGGACACCUGAGGACACAGAAUAAAGAAGGACCAUAUGAAACUCAUAAAGAGGAUGGCCAGAGUUGUCCAUAGCUUUCUUGACUCUUAUAAAGAAUCCUUCUUGGCAUCAUCAUCUCCAGAGGUUCCACAGUCGUCUCCAGAACAGAACCAGAAAAAAUCCAGUCUUCUUUAUCAGAUUGUUGAGCCUUUUGAGGUUCCUAGCUCUGAUGCUGCUGCAUCAACAGAUGAAAGCAGAAGAGACUACGCUCUCAACAGCAGACUUGUAGAAGAUUUCCAGCAACUUGCUGUAUAUCUUGAAGGAUCUUGGCUUCCUCCAGAUGUGCAGUCUGCUCUGUCUCUUUUUAUGGACGGCUUCACUGUUGCGUCUCCAGUCCAGUCUGUGUUCCAGAUGAACCCUGAGGUAGUUAUAUUCCUGAACCACCUCCACAUCUUCUCCCAUGAUGGAAAUAGGGUUUUAUCCAACCCCGUUUCUCCUGGAAUCAACAACUAUCUCCUUUAUAUUGUUUACAGUCAAGAUUAGAUGAUUGUUCCCACACCAGGCCACAAAGCCCUCCACCAGAUCUCUGUACUCAGCCUCUUGUCUUUCUCUGACACACACAACAACUGCAGAGUCAUCUGAGUAUUUCUGUAGAUGACAGAAGUCGGACUUGUGCUGGAAGUCUGAAGUGUAGAGAGUGAAAAGGAAUGGUGAGAGUACAGAGCCCUGUGGUGUUCCUGUGCUGCUGACCACCUGGUUAGACACACAGUCCUUUAGUCUUACACACUGUGGUCUGUUUGUCAGGUAGUCACAGAUGCAGGCGACUGUUGAGGCCUCCACCUGUGUCUUCUGGAGUUUCAGGUUUCACCUGAGAAUCAAAGAACCUGAUCCUCACUGUGCUGCCUGCUUUGUCCAUAUGACACUGGGUUUGUUGAAGCAGGUGUCUGAUGACAUCAUCAACUCCACGACAAUUAGCAAACUGCAGGGGGUCCUGAUAUGAGCUCGUCUGCUUACUCAAGUGGGCCACCAGGAGUCUCUCCAGGACCUUCAUGAUGUGGGUUGUCAGGGCAACAGAGCAUUAUGUCUGACGGGUAACUUUUCUUCGGUGCCGGAACCAGGCAGAAUGUCUUCCACAACAAAAGAACCUCCUCUUGGGUCAGGCUAAGGUUAAAGAGAUGCUGCCGAAUCCCAUAGAGGGACUCUGGGACUGGCACCAUCUGGACCUUGGACCUGCAGCCUUGUUCCGGUUCAGCCUCUCCAGCUGCCUCUUCACCUGACUGCUACAGUGGGGAGAACAAGUAUUUGAUACACUGUUGAUUUUUCAGGU